AUGGUGUACCCAGCCUCCGUUGAGCCGUCCUCCGGGACGCAUUCUCUUGAGCCAUUGGCUAAUGGCUACGAACAUACCUCAUCUUCAGAACCGGCUAGCGAUCAGGAGGACGUUGCACCGACCGAUGCCGCCAGCGAAACGUCAGAGUCCUUCGAUAUUAGUGUCAGAAAUGGUGCGGGUGCUGGGGAGAGCACUCAUGGUGCUCCUUUGACAAUAGGCCACACCACGUAUGAUGACUCGGAUCUGGAGAGCAAUAACCAGAACCACCACACUCUCUCGUCGUCACCGAGUUCUAGCCAGGAAACAAAACGCAAGUCAUCAAACGUUGACGAGGUACAGUUCAUGAGGCAGAACCCGGAGCUCUACGGGUUACGUAGGAGUGGUCGAUCUCGAACCGAACGUCGCCAAACUCUUGCCGAGUCGGAUGACGAUGACGAACCCAGAGCGCCUAUCUCCAAGCGACGCCGUCUCAUUAAUUCGGAGCAGACCUCGAAACGACCCUCUCGGUCCGUAACACGGUCGUCUCUCUCUGACUCAAACUCGGAUGAGUAUGACGCCUCUUAUUCGCGCUCAGAUCGACGUCGUCAUGCACAAUCAUCUACUCGCCCAUCAACUGAAGUGCGUUUUUCCAGCAGGAAUGCCACCAAAGUUGCAAACUACAACGAGGACUCUGAUGACAAUGUUUUUGAGGAUGAUGUUGCGGAUUGGAUAUACGAUGACACUACGUCAGCCCAACAAAGCAACGGCCCUGCUAUUGAUUCUAUCCUUGACCAUCGUCUUAAGGACGGCGUGGAUCCUAAUAUCAGUGAAUUCGACGUCCGGAUAGGUGACUGCAUAUAUUACAUUAAAUGGCAGAACCAGUCACAUUACCAUGCAACGUGGGAAACAAGCGACAAGCUUCGGGAAUUCAGCGGCUUUCGCAGGCUAGAGAAUUACUUCAAAAACAAGGCAAAGACAGAUCUUUAUAUGAACAAUGACCCCGCCGUCGCACCCGAAGAAAAAGAGAAGUGGAAUCUGGACCGCGAGCGUGAGAUUGAGUCUUUAGAAGAGUAUCGAAAGGUUGAUCGCAUCAUUGGCCAUCGUGAAGGAUUCGACGGUGAUGAAUAUUACGUGAAAUGGAGACGCUUGAAUUACGACACGUGUACCUGGGAGAGUGAUGUACUAAUAAAAGAAAUCGCUCUUGAUGAACUUGAUAAGUUUCUCGAUCGUAAUGACAAAGUCGUUACCUGUGAGAAACGCGAAAUGAACCCCCAUACCAGAUCUCCACAUGUGCCAAUCACAGGAUCGCCGAAUUUCUUGCAAAACGGUCAAUUGAAGGACUUCCAGGUGAAAGGUCUAAACUUUUUGGCUUACAACUGGGCACGCAAUCAAAACGUAGUUCUCGCCGAUGAGAUGGGUCUCGGAAAGACUGUCCAGACUAUUGCGUUCAUUAACUGGCUUCGUCAUUGUCGUGGACAAGAUGGUCCAUUCAUAGUGGUCGUCCCCCUCUCGACCAUACCUUCCUGGUCAGAGACAUUUGACAACUGGACACCAGAUGUGAAUUACGUUGUCUACACUGGUUCUAGCCUGGCUCGCGACAUUCUAAAAGAAUAUGAACUAUUGAAGGAUGGGAAUCCGCGCAAACCGAAGUUCAACGUGUUGCUGACGACAUAUGAAUAUGCGAAUCUGAACUUUGAUCUCCUUCGCCAAAUACCUUGGCAAUUUAUGGCUGUGGACGAGGCGCAUCGUUUGAAGAACCGAGAAUCUAACCUCUAUACCAACCUUCUCGCUUUUAGAGCACCAGCUCGACUUUUAAUCACGGGUACUCCGAUUCAAAAUAAUCUUGCUGAGCUUUCCGCGCUUAUGGAUUUCCUCAAUCCGGGAUUGGUUGAGGUGGAAGUCGAUAUGGAUCUGAGUUCUGAAGCUGCAUCUGAAAAGCUCGCUAAACUCCAGAAUGCUUUGAAACCUCUCAUGCUACGUCGAACAAAGUCAAAGGUGGAAACUGACUUGCCACCCAAAACUGAGAAGAUCAUUCGGGUUGAACUUUCCGAUACUCAACUUGAGUACUACAAGAAUAUUCUUACCAAGAAUUAUGCCGCUCUGAAUGAAGGGGCUAACGGACAGAAGCAGUCACUGUUGAACAUCAUGAUGGAAUUAAAGAAGGCUAGUAAUCAUCCAUUCAUGUUUCCCAACGCCGAGGCAAAGCUGCUCGAGAAUGUUAUGCGCCGGGAGGAUGUUUUGCGCAUAAUGAUUACUAGUAGCGGCAAAAUGAUGCUGCUUGAUCAACUUUUGGCUAAGCUUAAACGUGACGGUCAUCGAGUACUUAUCUUUAGCCAAAUGGUGAAGAUGCUUGAUGUUUUGGGAGAUUACAUGGGAUACAGAGGAUACCAGUACCAGAGACUUGACGGGACAAUCAGCGCUGCUAAGCGUCGCGUAGCUAUGGAGCACUUCAAUGCUCCGGAAAGUACUGAUUUUGCUUUCCUGUUGUCGACCCGAGCUGGUGGCCUUGGAAUCAACCUCAUGACUGCGGAUACCGUCAUUCUUUUUGAUUCUGACUGGAACCCACAGGCAGACCUUCAAGCAAUGGCUCGUGCACAUCGCAUUGGCCAAACUAGGCCUGUGAGCGUGUAUCGUUUGGUAUCGAAGGAUACAAUCGAGGAGGAGGUACUGGAACGUGCUCGAAACAAGCUAAUGCUGGAGUUCAUCACUAUUCAACGGGGUUUGACAGAAAAAGAAUCUCUUCCAGGCAAGCCUACUCGAGGUGUAGGGGAACCUACGAGUACAGACGAAAUAUCACGUAUUCUUAAGCGCCGUGGUCAAAGAAUGUUUGAACAAACAGGAAAUCAGAAGAAACUAGAGCAGCUUGAUAUCGACUCUGUGCUUGAAAAUGCUGAGGAACACAAAACUGAACAAGCAGAGAGCCUGGAAGCUGAUGGAGGAGAGGAAUUCCUCAAAUCUUUUGAGUUCGUCGACGUGAGAGUAGAUGAGAUGAGCUGGGACGAUAUUAUACCAAAAGAACAGCUAGCAGAGAUCAAAGCCGAGGAGAAACGCAAAGCAGACGAGCGUUAUCUGAAUGAUGUUAUCGAACAGAACCGUCCCCGCAAACGAAUUUUGCCGACUGAUGGCCGUGACGAACGAGAAGAGCGGAAGGCUAAACGUCAUGCGCGGGUUCAAGUCAAUGUGGAAGCCGCGGAUGGAUCUGACUCGGAAAUUGACGACCCCAAGCGCCCAUUGGUUGAAAAAGAACUUCGCCAUCUCGUCAGGGCCUUUCUACGAUACGGUGACAUGGCAAAUCGUGAAGAGGAUAUUGUUCGAGAAGCCCGUCUUCUCUCACGAGACAGGGAUACAGUCAAAUCUGCCCUUAGUGAAAUUACCGGAAAGGCUUUUGAAUUGGUGGCAGAGGACAGGCAGAAGCUCGCAGACCUGGAAAGAUCAGGAAAGAUACCCACCAAAAAGGAAAAGAAAGCAGUUUUAUUUGAUCUUCACGGUGUCAAACGUAUCAAUGCUUAUACUAUUGUGGAACGACCCGAGGAAAUGCGUAUUCUACGUGCCGCCACAGAAGGACUGAGUGAUUACAAAAGUUUUCGCAUUCCAGAAGCCUCAAAGAAAGCCGAUUACACUUCUUCCUGGGGCGCACGUGAAGAUGGAAUGUUGUGUAUUGGCAUAAUACGACACGGGUAUGGUGCGUGGCCUGAAAUUCGCGAUGAUCAUGACUUAGGCCUCGGUGAUAAGUUUUUCCUCGAAGAACAUCGCGUAGACAAGAAAAACGAACGAGCACAUGCUGAAGACAAAGCUACCAAAUCACCAGGGGCUGUCCAUCUCGUUCGUCGUGCAGACUAUCUCAUCUCAGUUCUACGAGACAAGACUACUAAUGCCAAUGGAAAUCAUGUUGCAGCAAAGAGAGCAGUGGAAAGUCAUCACCGAAACAGAAAAGUGGGUUCUACCCAGCGCCGCCAGGGUAGUGUUUCAGCCUCUCCAGCUCCCUCCAAUGGCCGGAAGAUUCGUCGGGAGUCUGAACGGCCUCGUCAGCGUUCGCAUACACAUACCUCGCGUGACAGCUUAGAGCGCGCCAAUACUCCAAAACCGGAAAUUGUUCGAGCAAAGAUAAAUUCUAUCGAUAAAAUUCGGAAGCAUGGUGAAAAUGGAUACCAUGACGCCUCUCCUAGAGCGGGGAGCGCUGGAAAUACUGCGUCACAUGCAACCAUGGAGGAUUCUAUCUUCGAGCCUAAAGCCCAUCUACUGCUGAAACUCCGUGAUGUCAAAAAGAACUUUCCAGGGAAAGAGGCGCGUGCUAUCGAAAUGCGCCGUCUCAUUUUGAAAAUUGGCAAUUUUAUCAGACAGCUUCUUCGUAACGAGAACUAUCCCGGUCUUGAGGACCGACUCUGGAAUCAUGUUGCCAAAAACUGUUUUGCUGCAGGAAAGACCGACCUUCAAUCUUUGAAAAAUAUGUAUUUGAAGGUCCUAGAGCAAAAUAGAGACACUGCAGCCAUUGCCAGAUAG